GCAUAUAUUCUUCAGGUUUAUAAACAAAUUAAAUAUCUAUCUAUUAAUACGUCCUCCAUGAGUAUUUCUUUAAAAAAUCGGUACUUUUUUGGCUCACGACAUAGACCAAUAAACCACACACGUUCACGAAUUAUAUUAUCAGCGACUUAAAUCAGUAUUCAGUUGGAUCUUAAUAUAAUAUCGAUGAGGAAAUAUUGUUGAUUAGUAAUUGGGUUCGGUGUACAAUCGUUGGUACAAACCACUACAAAACAUCCAGCGAUUCAUAGUACAAGUCGAUCCCGGGGCCGUCACAUUUUCGUAAAACGAUUAGUUUUCGAGAAUUCCACCAAGCGCUAGGAUCGUUAAACAUUAUAAAACCACAACAAUACGUAAUAGGAUUUCCGAUCUAUUUAAUCUUUUACCUAUGAACUAUUAUACUGGACAACAUGCACAGGUAUGCGAGUAAUUUAGUGUUGCGCACAUUGUUCACAGUCCAGCUCUCCAUAUCCCGUCUGUAAUAGUGGUAGUUCUCCUUUCCUCAUUGGCCGAAUGCAUCCGCAGUCGCAGAACUACAGUGGACGUAGUGUGCUGGAUCGGACGACACGACUACCGGUGUGAUCAUACCUAGAUGUUUACGGUCACGGGAAUGGCGGUGGCAGCUUUAAAAUAUUAUUAAUUACGUAUUACGUGUAAUACGUCAAAGCAGCAAUGUAGUCUGUAAGCUUUGAUAACCCGGUAAAGCAUUUAACCUAAAAUUACUGUAGGAACAACACCGGUAAAUAUUCAACACGCACGCGCGCCGUUUUCGUAUCCGAUUACCCCUACUAUCGGUGGUUUUUUUUUUUUUUUUGCAAAAUUGCCAGACCGACAUAUAAAAAUUCUGAGCUAUCAAUUAUCAUAGACACACACAGACCGUUGUAUCACAUAAGGCAUUCACACGUAUUGUCCGACACACUCGUGUUACAAUACGCUCCGCGCUCGCUUCAAAUCCGUUCGUACGUCAGCUGCCAACUAUGUUCACGUCUUUUGUUAUUCUUUAAUAUUAUUGUUUUCAAUUUGUGUUUUGUAGGUGCGCCUAAUUUUCUAGUCUUUUAACCCGUACCUUUUGGCCCGUAUUUCCAAAAUAAUCCGUAACAAUAUGUACAACCUCAGUCGCUUAGGACGCAACGUGUCGGAAAAUGUUUUCAAGACUGCGUCCAUUUCGUCGGUCCGCGGGCUCCAUGAGAUGCCCGACCAUCUCAAGGAAGUGCCCACUGCCGAGAACCCGCGUUUCUUCGACAUGGUCGAGUAUUUCUUUCACCGGGCAUGUCAAGUGGCCGAGGACAAGCUUGUCGAAGACAUCAAAGCCAAGAUGUCCGUAGAAGACAAAAGGAAAAAAGUCAAGGGGAUAUUGUUGGGCAUGCAGCCAUGCGAUCAUAUAUUGGAGACUUCUUUUCCGGUCCGCAGGGAUAGCGGCGAUUACGAGAUGAUUACGGGAUACCGUGCUCAACACAGUACUCACAGGACACCGUGCAAGGGAGGUGAGUAAAAAAAUUAUAGUUGCUUUAUUAUCCACCUAUUCCAUAUUUCCAUUAUUCAUAUACUAAUUUGAAUACCUAUUAUUAUAUCAAUGAACAUUUUUGUUUUUUUUUUUUUUUAAGUUGUUAAUAUUGAAUAUACACUAAUAAUUCAUUAAAUUCACGAAAUGCAAAAUAAAAGAUAAUUCUCGGUUAUUUAGUUCAAAUAUCAAAACACAUUGUCAUUUUGACCCCCAGAAAAUUUAUUUAACUUGUAUCUACUAAAUUAACAAAUUGGUAUAAAAAAUAAAUUGUAGGAAAAAAAAAAGUUGGAAAAACAAACUAUUCUUAGGUAUUUGUUUAAUAAAUAUUUAGUUCACACUCAAAUGGGAUGAAUCAGAAUUUUAAAAACAUCAAAUUGUAAGGAAAUUAUCGGAUUAUUGAAAAAAAAAAAAACACAUUUAAUUAAUCUUAAAUAUGUUAUUAGGUCUGCUACAUGAUUAAUUACCUAUAAGAACUAGGUGUUGUAAUUUUAAUAAGGUACCAAUAAAAAUAUUAUAAAAUAAAAUUUUAUGAAUUUGUUUUAUUUAUUUCUGCCUAAAAAAGUAGGUAGUUAGGAAAAUGUUUGAAUUAAAAAUAAAGUACUUAUUGUAAAAUUCCAAUAGUUUGCUUACUCCGUUCAAAACCUAAACUGAUUGACUAGGUAUUAAUUAUUAAUAUCAAAUUUACAAGAAAAAGUUUACGCAAAAUAAUAUAAAUAACGUUGUCUGUUAUUUUCAUAGAAGUACUUUUAAAUUUAUCCUAAAUAGUACGCAAGUUCUUUAUACAUAAUGAUAGUUAUGGUUUUAUAAUUGUUAAAAUUAGCUUUAUAAUCUAUAAUAAUCUGUAGCAAUUAAAUAGGUUUUAAAGAAUGUUUUAUUAACUAAAAAGACUAGUAAAUAUCUAUAAUAAAUUUUAAUUGCUAUUUAAGAAAUUUGUUAAUAUUUAAACGUAUAUUUGUUCAUAUACUUAUUAUUGCCUUUAUAGUUAAUAACCUUUUAUAAUUCAAUUUGAAUAUAGAUUAUCAAAGUAGGUACCUAAUAAAAUUAAUUGACUACAUACAUCAUUUGGUAGGUACUUAUAAUAGAUUUUCUUAAUUAAUGUCUUGUAAUAACUAACUAAUAAUAACUGUGUAUUACUCUAUAUUUUAUUAAUUUUUAUUAAAAAGUUUAUAAAUUUAAAUAAUAUUUAUUAUCGUACCUAUAUAACAUUUUAAUUUUUUGGAUUGGAAAAAAAUAAUACUUUAUAAAACCUACUUAGGUACCUAUAUAAUUUAAAUAAUUAUUAACUACUCAAGUGAUCAUUAUCAAUACACAAAUAAUUAAAUUGGAUACCUAUUUGUUUAAAUCUAUAUUAUUUUACUGGGUGUUAUACAGUUUAAAAUAUCUGACAAAUACCUAGCAGAUAUGGAUUUAAUUUCUUUAAGAUUAAAUAAUUAAAGACACUUUAUAAAAAAGUAUUGUUUUGUAUCCUUGAAAAUGUCCAAAAUCGCUAUUGUUUAAUAUAGUUAAUUAGACAUCUUUAUUAAAAUUGACCAGUAAACUUCUUUGAUGUUGUGCAAUUUAAGAUAAGGGCAAAUUAAUUUAUAGGAUGAUUUGUGAUCCUGAAUAAGAAGUUAUCGAUUUUCUAGAAAGUUCAUUAUUUACAGUGUUUUUUUUUCAGUUUUUUAUUUCAAUAUGAAAUCAUUAGAGGUGCCUAGCAUUUUAUAUUUACACUUAACUCUCAAAUGAAUAAUUGGAACAGUGAAUACGAACGAGAAAUCUAAAAAUAGAUGAGAAAUGUAUACUCCUUUCUAUUUGGACAGUCUAAAUUUUAUAUUGUUGUAAUAAAAAAAUAGAUUAGAUUAUCAACAUUAAUAGUUAUAAAAGUAAACUAAUAAAAUAAUCGAGAAUAAAAAAUAUUUAUUGCAAGUAUUUUAGUUGAGUAUAUAAAUAGAUAAUCAAAUUUAUAUAUUCAAUUUAUGUUUAGUGUUAGCAGCGUAUAUGAUUGUUAUAUUUUAUAAAGAAUUAUGAUUUUUAUUUGUAUAGUACAAUGUUAUUAUAGGUAUACGAUUUUCUUUGGAUGUUUGUCGUGAUGAAGUCAAAGCUUUAGCUGCUUUGAUGACUUUCAAGUGUGCGUGUGUUGAUGUACCAUUUGGCGGUGCAAAAGCCGGUAUUAAAAUAAAUCCAAAACUGUAUUCUGAAAAUGAAUUGGAACAAAUUACCAGACGGUUCACAUUAGAACUGGCAAAGAAAGGAUUUAUUGGUUAGUAUCAAUAAUGUUAAUUAUUAUUUUAUUAUACAAUUUUUAGUUAUUAAAUGUGUUGUUAAAAAGUAAUUUUGCCCAAUAUAAAUGACCUCAAAAAAAAGUUACGACAAGGACACUGUGAGAGACAAUGUAGGAAAUGACGUGGCAUAAAUAAUAGGAUUAAGCUCAAUUAAUCAUAAUAAUAGGGCUGUUGACUUGUAGGAUUUAAUUGAAAAUAAGUUUGUAAUAAAUUAAGUGUUCCAAUUGAUAAUUUGUGUACAAUAUUAAUUUUUUUUGUUUAUGUUUAUUUUAAUGUCUUAAUUAUUAACUAUAAUAUUUAUAUUUAAAUAAGUAUUCGUUAAUUAAUAUAUUAAUUACAUUUUUGUAUUUUUUAGGACCCGGUGUUGAUGUGCCUGCUCCAGACAUGGGAACUGGUGAACGUGAAAUGUCAUGGAUAGCUGAUACGUAUGCUAAAACUAUAGGUAAUUUAUAUUAAUUAUGUUUUUGUUUGAUAUAAAUUAUCAAUUCUUAUUUGAAUAUCAUAAUGAGUUCAUUUUUCUCUAUUAUAUUUUAAUUUAUAAUUUAUGAUAACCUUGUUAAAAAAAAAAAAAAAAGUGUCAAACCAUCUAAUAAUUAUUACAUUAACAUAAAUAUAUGCUGAUUAUAUGGUUCUCUUAUAUAGGGCAUUUAGACAUUAACGCCCAUGCUUGUGUAACUGGUAAACCAAUUAAUCAAGGUGGAAUCCAUGGUCGUGUAUCAGCUACUGGCAGAGGGGUUUUUCAUGGAUUAGAAAAUUUCAUAAUGGAAGCUAAUUACAUGAGCUUAAUUGGUACCACACCAGGCUGGGGUGGUAAAACUUUUAUUGUUCAAGUUUGUGAUUUACAUUUUAUUAUGAUUAAUUUAUAACCAAAUUUGUUUUAAUUUUAAUGUUUUAAUAUUUAAGGGCUUCGGUAAUGUUGGUUUACAUUCAAUGCGUUACUUGCACAGAGCUGGUGCUACGUGUAUUGGUGUUAUUGAACACGAUGGUGCAAUUCAUAAUCCAGAUGGAAUUGACCCCAAAGUAAUGCAUUCUAGUUAAGAUAAUUAAAUAUAAUUUAAAUUGUCUAAUCAAUUAUUAUUUCAGGCAUUGGAAGAUUGGAGAAUUGACAAUGGUACAAUAGUAGGUUUUCCAGGUGCUCAGCCAUACACUGGCGAGAACCUUAUGUACGAACCCUGUGAUAUAUUGGUACCAGCUGCUACUGAGAAAGUUAUAACAUCAGCUAAUGCCCACAAAAUACAAGCAAAAGUAAAAACUAAAUUAAUUUUAUUACAGAUUAUAGCAUAAUAAAAUUGUUAUUUUUCAGAUUAUCGGUGAAGCUGCCAAUGGACCAACAACUCCUGCUGCUGACAAAAUCUUGAUUGAGCGUAACAUUUUAAUCGUUCCAGAUUUAUAUAUAAAUGCUGGUGGUGUAACCGUUUCAUUCUUUGAGUGGUUAAAGAAUUUGAACCAUGUUUCCUAUGGUCGUUUAACAUUCAAAUAUGAACGGGAAUCAAAUUAUCAUUUGUUGGGUAAAACAAGAAUAUUAUAAAUUUAUUUAAUCCGGAUCAUAUAACUAAUAUUGUAUAUUUGUAUGGUUUAGAAUCUGUGCAAGAAUCAUUGGAACGUCGUUUCGGUCGUGUAGGAGGAAGAAUUCCAGUCACUCCUUCAGAAUCUUUCCAAAAACGCAUAUCGGGUGCAUCUGAAAAAGAUAUAGUGCAUUCCGGUCUAGAUUAUACAAUGGAACGUUCAGCAAGAGCAAUUAUGAAAACCGCUAUGAAAUAUAACUUGGGUCUAGAUCUUCGUACUGCCGCUUAUAUAAAUUCUAUUGAGAAAAUUUUCACUACUUAUAAGGAAGCUGGACAAACUUUCUAAGAUAAAUCUUUUGGUGAAAGCUUAUUAAGUAAUUUAGUUGUUCAUAAAACAUAGGCCAAAUUCAUAUUUGUUUACCACAAACAAAAAUUAUUGUAACCACAUUUUAAUUUUAUCAAUUACUGUUACUAACAUAAUUAAUUAUGAUUAAUCACAAAGAUAAUAUUAUUAUAAAGAAAUGAAUAGUUUUCCCUCACAAAAUAUUCAUCUCUUAAAUAAAACACACAUUUUAAAGUUCCUUAGAGUACAAAAUCAAUGUUGUUUGUUAUUUUGUAAGAUAUUUAAAUAUUAUUUUAAUUUAUAAUAAAUUAUUCAAUUAUUACUAAUUAUUAUACAACAUUGGAUUUGUACUUAAAAAAAAAAAAAAUAGUGAUUUUUUAGUAUCAGUAUUCCUUGAUAUCAAUAAUUUUUCAAUUACGUCUUAUUACAUAUGAAUACCAUUGUUCUUGUUGUAGGAUCUUGGUAACCUAGACCAAAUUAUUACUUAAAAUUUAUUAAUUUUCAUGAAUUUGGCUAACUGUUUUAUUAAUACUGGAAGAAUGUAAACGCUGUUAUACUAUAACCUUUUUGUAUUGUUUAUGACCAAUUCCAUCAUAUUUUCCUCUUUACUUUUAAGACAACCGGUUUACAAAUUUACUCGGUAUUGUAAUAAAUUAAUAAACAUUUAAUUUUAUGUCUUCUGGUCAAUAUCAAAUUUAACUAUCAAAAAGCAGUUUUUAUAAAUUGUCUGGACCAAACUGUACAACAUGUUAGUUACAGACAUUAGCCUAUCAAUGCUCCUGUAUUCACAAUUAUUAUUUGUAUUUUUUUUGUACAGUAUUUGAGCAAAUUUGUAUUUAUUUGUUUUUAGAUGAUUCUAUUUUAUUUUUAUAGAUUAUUGAAAAAAAAAACUAAUUUUUAAUUUAUAAAUAAAUCAAAUAAUAGUGUAAAAAGUAACAGGCAUCUCAUAUUAUGAUAUACGUAAUAUAAUAUGUAAAAUUAAAUUAGGCCUAAACAUGGAUUUUUUUUUUGAAUUUUAUACCCUGUUAAUUUUAGAUAAUUAUUUAAACAAAAUAGUGUUUAAAUUGUAAGAAUAACCACUGAUCAGUAAAAUAAUGAUAAUACAAUAAUACAUACAUUUAUGUUACUAAAAUUUGGUGUGUUUUUAUGUUUUGUAUGUUUGUACAGUAAUUCAAUUUGGCAUUUAGUUUUUAAUUUAAUAGCUAAAUAGCCAUAAUCCGUAACAAAUUAAGUAUUUUGAUUCUAUAUACCUAGACAAUGUAAUUAUAGCAAAGAUAAACAUAAAUAGAUGAUCAAUAAAACAAGUAAUGAAAGGGACACGUCUAAUAAUAUGUGACCUACCACUAAACUAUUGUACUAAUAUGUGACCUAUCCACCGUAUAAAAUUGUUUUUAGUAAAUGUACUUUUACAUUAAAAAUAUUUUUACUUUUCCUUUCGCAUAUUUUCAAUACUCUAUCACAUACUAUGCCAUUCUUCAACUUUUAACAUAUUUUUUUAGUAAUAAUGAUUUAUAAUACAUUACAUUAUUGUAAAAAUCGAUAUUAUGUAUCUACUUAAUAUAUGAUUUUUUUUAGAC